AUGCAUGCCAUCUUCUUGCUCAUCGGCUAUAUGGUGCAAGGAUGGGUGGGGUUCGGCUUCUACUUUUGGAAAGGUGGUGGGAGCAAUACCUGGCGUCCUCCGAUGGCACUAUCGAUCUUCUGGCCACUGUGUCUGCUUGCUGGCUUGCCAUUCCUGCCCGAGAGUCCCAGAUGGCUCUGCAUGCAAGGUCGUGAUGCCGAAGCAGAAAGAGUGCUCGUCAGACUGCAUGCCGAUGCGAGUGAUCCAGAUCACACCCUGGCUGCAGCAGAAUUCUACCAGAUCCGCAGACAAAUCGAGAUUGAUCGCACGUUGGGUAGUUCGUGGCUGCACAUAAUCAGGAAGCCGUCCUAUCGGAAGCGCGCCUUGCUAGCCAUCGGAAUAUGUGGCAUCUGCCAAUGUUCUGGCGUCCUGGUCAUCAACAACUAUGGUCCCACUCUUUAUAAGCAGCUUGGCUUUUCGCCUGUCAAGCAGUUGCUAUAUCCUGCAGCGUGGCUCACAUUCGCCUUCUUCAUGAACCUUGCGGCACCAUUCUUCGUCGAUCGAUUUCCCAGGCCAAAAUACAUAGCGUUUGGCGUACUAGGAUGUAUGGCAACGCUGAUCGUGGAGGCUGCUCUGGUAGCUACGUUCGUGGAAAACGCCACAUCGACCAAUACCUCUGCACUGCUCGCCUGCGUUGCCAUGUUCUUCGUCUUCCAAGUGUUCUACGGUCUCUGCUUGGACGGAACACAAUUCUCCUACCUUGGCGAGAUAUUUCCGACUCAUAUCAGGGCCAAAGGUAUUUGCUUAGGGGUGGCCAUGAUCAGUUUCAUGAACAUCGUCUGGCUACAAUCAGCCCCAGUUGCAUUUCUGAGCAUCGGCUGGAAGUUCUACCUCGCGAUGAUCAUUCCCGGCACGAUCGGCGGGAUUUGCAUGUGGAUCUUCUUUCCCGAUACUAAGGGCAUCCCACUCGAGGAAGUUGCCGCCAUUUUCGGUGAUGCAGCUGAGGUCGCGGUAUAUGAGCGCGAGAUCGAUAUCGACCCAACAACUCACUCUAUCAUUGCAGGCCAGAAGGGUGAGAAGAUCGAACAGAUCGAGCGAGAGGGCAGCGACGUCUAG